AAGGCUCACAGGUACGCUGGCGUGCCCUACGCACUUCCGCCCCUCGGCGCCCUGCGCUUCACCAAGCCUCAACCCCUCCCUGCCAACUUUCGCUAUGGCUCGACAGGCCGCUCAGACUUCACAUCUUUCGCCUCUGUAUGUUACCAACCUACGAACUACAGCGCAGAGCCGGCUGAAGGCCAGCCUCAGCCCCCUGUGCCGGAACAGACGGAAGACUGUCUCUAUCUGAACAUCUGGACACCUGUGGCCAAGGCGCCCCCACAGGGCUGGCCAAUCCUCUUCUCCAUUCAUGGAGGAUGGCUGCAGAGCGGCUCGGCUCACCAAGAUCCAAAUGCCGACUAUUCGGAUCUGCUAGCUCCGCGAGAAGAAGGAGGAGCAGGCUUCGAGUGCAUAAUCGUCAGUCCGGCUUACCGGCUCAAUAUCUUUGGCUUCCUUGCCUCGGAUCAGCUGGACACGAAAUCAGGCAAGGCCAACUUUGGGUUCUGGGAUCAGCGUCUGGCGCUCGAGUGGACUGUACACAAUGCAAGAAGUCUAGGGGCCAACGCUGACGAGAUCACAGUCACGGGUAUUUCUGCUGGCGCUCAAUCAGCACAUGCACAGCUGUUGUAUGAGUUCUGCAGGGCUCGGGUGGACGCGUCUUACCGGCCGCAUAUCAAACGAUGUGUAUUUCGCUCGGGCUCCGCAAUGCUGCCUUGCAAGACCUUGGACGAGGUCGCCCCUCAGAUGGAGGAGUUGUGUAAUCAGCUCGGCAUCAGUGUCCACGAUGAUCUUCAACGAGUAGCAGCUCUCCGAAAAGUGCCAGCCUCUGAGCUAGUCGCUGUGAUCCCAGACAUGAAGAUGCACACCUUUCGAGCCGUCCAAGAUGGUGGAGUGGCACAUGGCGGCUUCGUUGACUCUGACUGGGGUGAAAGAACGAAGGAUGGGUCGUUUGCAGCAUGGUGCAAUGCGGAAAACAUCUCCUUUGCCUUUGGAGAACUCUCAGACGAAGCUCAGGAGUAUCGCCUAGUCAAUGCGCCCUCCUCUCACCCGCUGAAGCAAGAUCUGUUCCUACAACUGCACAACUACUAUCCUGCGGCGGUAGUGGAACAUCUCAUGGGAUCCUAUGAUAUACCUGGAGACGCCAUCAAGGACCUCGAGGUCUGGGCAGACGUCUUUGGCCUCAUCACUGCAGACGCUCAGAUCUACACUGCACAGCGGUUGCUGGAAAACUAUCUGCGGAGUCUGCCGCCAUCACGGGUUCUGCGAUACCGGAUUGAGCGGCGCGCUGCUCUCGUAGAUGACUCGCACCCAAAGGAAAAGGGGGUGUUUCACGGGACGGAUGGCGUCAUCUUCGGCUUC